GGUAAUUGUACUAAGAUGUGUUAUGUUAGUGAAGGUGUACAAUAACUUACAAAAAAGGAAGAAUUUGCAAUUGAAACUGGAAUAAAGAGUGAUGAUUUAAUUAUGCACUCUACUCAUGGGAAAUCAAAGGAGAACAAAGAUGAUUAAUAUUCAUAAUGUUCUAAUAAAAGUGCUCUUCCUUAAAUAAUUUCUAUUGAAGAUGAAAUCUUAAUAUAAUCUACUUUGAAUUCAAGUGUUCCUGUAAAACUGAGAAAAAUAUUAAUGGAGGAUGAUGCUUAUUAUGAGGGAGAGUGGAUGCAAGGUAAACGUUGGGGAUAAGGAGAAUAAAGAUGGCCAGAUGGGUAUGACAUAUCUUAUUUUAAGUUUUUAGGUCAACUUAUAAAGGGGAAUGGAAGAACAAUAAGGCUAAUGGGUAUGGUAUUUUGACUCAUUCUGAUGGUGAUGUCUACAAAGGAGAAUGGUUAAAUGACUAAGCUCAUGGAAAAGGAGUCUACAUAAACUUCAACCAAGCUAAAUAUGAGGGUGACUGGGUCGAAGAUAGAUAAGAUGGAUACGGUGUUGAGAGUUGGCCUGAUGGUUCUUUAUUUGAAGGUAGCUGAUUGAUAAUAUAUCUAUGCUCAGGGCAUUACAAACAAGGUAAGAAAGAAGGUUUUGGAAAGCUAACGUAUCCAGAUGGUUCAAAGUAUGAAGGCAAUUUUCAAAUGAAUAAUCUUCACGGACAAGGAAAGUACAUUUGGCCUGAUGGGAGAAUAUAUGAAGGAGAUUGGGUAAAUAAUUAAAUGAAUGGGAAGGGCAUGAUGAAAUGGGAAGAUGGUAUGGAAUGCAGAUUAUCUAGGGAGACAGUAUGAAGGAGAAUACAAGGAAGGAUAGAAGCAUGGUUUUGGAACAUUGAUAUGGGAAGAUGGUCAUAAAUAUGUAGGUUAAUGGAUAAUGGGAAAAUAAGAUGGAAUAGGUGAAUAUUUCUUUACUAAUGGUACUUCUCGUAAAGGAGUAUGGAAAGAAGGCAAACGGAUCUAAUGGGAUUGA